CAGGGCCCCCCCUGGCCCGUCUCCGGGCGGUCCCGGCCGCGGCCCCGCCCCGUGGGAGUUUCCCCACAUGUCGCUGGAGCACGUGGCGGACCCACCCCGGGGGAGCCGGGGCCGGGGCCGGGGCAGGGGCGGCGCAGACGGACCGAGCCGCGAGCCAUGGCCGGGAGCAGCAGCCGGGGAGCCGCGUUCCUGCGGGCGCUGCGGGGAGCUGGGGGCCGCCCGCGCCCCGGGGACGGGACUCGGCAUUUAAGUUCCUGUGGGAUCCUGGCCACGCCACAGGCCCCCAAGCGACCUCCCGUCACCCCGACGCAGGUGCUGCAGCCCCCGGCACGGACCUUCCUGAACCUGGCAGCCCCUCUGCUGGGUGGCAAGCGGAUGGAGUACGCGGAAGCGCGAGUGCUGGGCUACUCGAUGGAGCAGAUGUACAACGUGGUGGCCAACGUGGAGAGCUACCAGCUCUUUGUGCCGUGGUGCAAGAGCUCCAAGGUCUUGUCCUACCGCAAAGGGCUCACGCGGGCAGAGCUGGAGGUCGGCUUCGCGCCCCUCGUGGAGCGCUACGUCUCUGAAAUCUCCCUGACUCCCCAGCACCAGAUCCGGGCUGUAUGCAACGACAGCCGCAUCUUCAGCCACCUGGAGACGCUGUGGCGGUUUAGCCCGGGGCUGCCGGGGCAGCCAGACACCUGCACGUUAGACUUCUAUGUCUCCUUUGAGUUCAAGUCCAUCCUGCAUUCUCACUUGGCCAACCUGUUCUUCGAUGAGGUGGUGAAGCAGAUGGUGACGGCCUUUGAGAGGUGGGCGGAGAAGCUGUACGGCCCGCAGACGGACGUGCAUCCCCAGAAGUGUUUGCAGGCAGCCCGCUGCAUGUGACGAUACCUCGGGAACAGCAUCUCCAGCCGCAAUGGGACACCCCUCUGAGCUCAGCAGAAGACUCCGUCUUCGUUUCAUUCUGUCCAGGUUUUGGCUGGACGCCACCCAGAUCCCUUGCUCUAUUUAUGUCUAUUUAAUCCACACACCUUGGAGAUAAAUUAUUUUUUUAAUCCUUUUUUGUUUCUAUUUAAUUUUGGUGCCACAAAGACCAAAAGUCUAUUGUCCUGAUCUAUGUGUCUGUUGCAAUAUCAAAUGUUUGUAGACUCUAUGUCCUGUUCUGUUUUUAAUGUGACCUCAAUAAAAUUUGGAAUGAA